AUGCUGAUGUGUACAGGUAGGAAACGAUUUUAUUUUUCGCUCCCCAGCUCGAGGGCGUUAAAAAAUAUUGUAAAAUUGCCUCUAUUGGAAAGGGAAGAUAAGCAAAAAAUCAUACACAUAUGGAAGGAAAAGUACCAAAAUGACAAAUACGUCGUGGCAGCUCAUAUAAGCAUAGGCAAGUAUGAACAGAUUAAAAACAAUUGCAAAAAUAAUUCCCAUUUCAUUAUUCCACAAAGGAACCAAAAUGGCUACAUAAAUUUUUAUUCGCAAUUUAUUGACCACAAGUUGCUAUUCAUAACAGCUCUGGAGGAGUACAAUAAAUUGAGGGAGAAUUCAACGCCAUAUGUAACGUUGCAUUUUUUUGACGAACUGAAAAAUAGGGAAAUUAUUUUAACAAAAUUAAACAUUGUGAAUAAUGUAAUUACAAAAAAUCAAGCCAUUAAAUUUUACAAUUACAUCCUGUCCUUUUAUUCGGACGCGAAUUAUUUUCAAUAUGUGUGCAAAUUUAACAAUGACAGCAGAAAUUUUCACUACAAUACAUUUAUUGACAAAUUUAAGCACAUGUUUUGA